AGAAGGUGAGAGUUUCAGUGAAAGAAAAGGUAGAAGUACAUAAAAUAGAAACUCCUCCUCUUCGUCGGGCCUCGGGCCAAUAGAUGUGAAUGAUUUAUAUAGUCGAUCUUUGUUGCUUUUUUCUCGUCUAUCGUCUUUUUUUUUUCCUACACUAGAAAGAAAAUAAAUCCGAGCCAACUAUCUCUUUGCAACAAAGAACAGUUUCUCCUGCUCAGCAAUGGCAACUAAUGACACUACUAAACCUGUUUCCGAAGAAGCUAAAAUGGAUCUGUUUGAAGACGAUGAUGAAUUUGAGGAGUUCGAAAUCGAUCUUGAGUGGGAUAGCAAGGAAGAAGGGAAGGAGGUGACACAACAAUGGGAAGACGAUUGGGAUGAUGAUGAUGUUAAUGACGACUUUUCUCUACAGUUAAGGAGGGAACUUGAGAGUAAUGUCGCUGAAAAGAAAUGAGCAUACUAUCUACUUGUUAAAUUCAUGUAGUUUUACAAAUCAUCCAAAAUACACUCGAUUUUGAAACUAAAGAAAUUUUAUUGGUUGAUAACUUGAAAUCAAUGGAGUGGAGCUGUUAGUAAUCAUGGUUACUCUCUAGCUGGUAAUGGUAUGUUUGGAACAUAUUCAUGUAAACAUUAUUGCCAUUCUGCUUUGUUGAAUCAUUUUCUUUCAUAGUAUGA